CGGGGCGAAGGCGUGGUGAGCGUGGAUGAAUGCAAGCGUGCACGAAUACUGGAGAAGGCUACGAAUAGUGGACAGCGAUACAGCUCACCGACUCUCUCCUCUGCUGAAAACGAAAGAGGCAUGCAUUGAAUGGGGUUCCAAUAUGCCAGGGGAGACCUAUUUUAGAAUCAAGAAACCAACCAGCUGAAAUACAAGGAAACGCCCAAACCGAAGAUGACGGAGGGGAGACUCUGCCAGGUGCAUCUCCUUGACGACAGGAAACUCGAGCUGCUGGUUCAGCCCAAGCUGUUGUCCCGUGAACUGCUAGACCUGGUGUCCUCCCAUUUUAACCUCAAGGAGAAGGAAUACUUCGGACUAACGUUUGCUGAUGACAGUGGUCAGUGUAAAUACUUGCAGUUGGACCGGAGAGUUCUGGAACAUGACUUCUCUAAGAAGGCUACUGGGCCUAUCGCCCUCAACUUCCUGGUCAGGUUUUACAUCGAGAGUAUAACACUGCUGAAAGACAACACGACGGUGGAAUUAUUCUUCCUGAAUGCAAAAGCUGCCGUCUACAAUGGGGAUAUAGAGGUGGAAAGUGAGAAUGUCUUCAAAUUAGCAGCAAACGCCUUGCAGGAAGCAAAGGGGGAUUUCUCAAGUGAUGAAACCACCAGAACGGAACUGAAGAAGCUUCCAACUCUUCCCAACAAGGUGCUAAAGGAGCACCCAUCACUUACAUACUGUGAGGAUCGAGUGAUAGAGCAUUACAAACAGCUGAAAGGAGUCUCCAGAGGACAGGCCAUAGUGAAGUAUUUGACCCUAGUGGAAUCCCUACCCACCUAUGGUGUCCAUUAUUAUGAAGUAAAGGACAAGCAAGGCAUCCCAUGGUGGCUUGGGAUCAGCUACAAAGGAAUUGGCCAGUAUGAUUUGCAGGACAAAUUGAAACCACGGAAGGGUUGGGCCCUCGUUACAGCUGGAGCAGACAAGGCCAGACUUGAAAAUCCAAGAGACAGUCAGUUCAUAACCAGACUGUUUGAUCGAUCCCUUCAGCUGUACCAGUGGAAGCAACUGGAGAACUUGUAUUUUCGGGAGAAGAAAUUUGCUGUUGAGGUGAAUGACCCUCACAGGCGGGCAGUGACGAAGCGUACAUUUGGCCAGACUGGCUUAGUCAUCCACACAUGGUACGCCAGCCACUCAUUGAUCAAAACCAUCUGGGUCAUGGCCAUCAGUCAGCAUCAGUUUUACUUGGACAGAAAGCAAAGCAAGGGUAAAAUAAGUGCAGCGAAAAGUUUGGGUGAUAUUGCCAUGGAUUUAACAGAACAUGGAGGAGGAACCAAGAUAACCAGACUGGGAGAUAACCUAAAGCACAACCUUAUUAUGGCUAGCACUGGCAGCCUGGCGUCAACAGGGUCUGCAGAUUCAGCAGUGGAUGAGGAGCAGAAAAAGGAGAAGAUCUCUGAGCUAAAGAAGAAGGAACAAGAGAUCCAAGAUGUCUUGACCCAGAAAACAAAGGAGCUGAAGAACAUCUGCUUGAGAGAGGCGGAGCUCACGGGCAAACUGCCCAAAGAGUAUCCCCUGUCUGCAGGCGAGAGACCUCCUCAGGUCAGACGGCGAGUUGGCACAGCCUUCAAACUGGAUGACCUCUUCCCAUACAACGAGGACCCUUAUCUGAGGAACCUGGAGAGCAGGUUUGCUCUGCAGCGGAAGAUCGUGGAAGCAGCUAAGAAACUGGCCUCGGAGGCAGAGAUUUGUAAGACGGUGAAGAGGAAGAGGAGGAGGAACUGUCAGGACGCCAUGAGGAAACUGCAGCAGGUCGAGGAUGAGAUGAACAAGUACAGAAUCAAGAAAGGCAAGAAGCCUACCCAAAGAGCCUCUGUGAUUAUCGCAGAUGAGCUUCUCCGUUCAGAGACGAGCUCACUGUCAGACAGUCAGAUUCUGGAUGACGAUGACUCGGAUGGUGCUCUGAGGCCCCGGUCACGGUCGGUCCAGUGCUCCCCUCAGGUCAGCCCUGCACGUUCCCUGGAUCACCACCACAACAAGAGUCUCAGCAGGUUAGCAGCGUUUGACGGCCAGGAUGCUUCACAUCAUUUUCACCCCAGAGAGGUGUCAUCUGCACACAGCAGCCCCGCCAUAACGUUACCCAGAUCUCCACGGGACCCACGCAGCAUGCCCUCCACCCCCGUUAUGACCCGCAACGCCUACAGCAGCAGCCAUCUCAGGUCGGAUGGGAACUCCCAGUCCUUCAGGCACCGCAGUGGCAGUCUGGAGUCCCAGCAACGGAUACUAAAGGAUACCGACUCAGAGAAGCCAGUCUUCACCCUGUCCCCUGCCCGCAGGAGCAACAGCACAGAGGCCCUGGAGGACUGCUCCUCCUUCACCAGUCAGUCCAGCCUGGACUACCCAGGCAACCCCCACUACUGCACCUUGGACUCUCGAACCCGCAACCAUCAGCUGCACAGGAGGGUGGAGGUCUAUGGAAACACAGGCAGUAUGCCUAAUCUGGUCCAGAAUCAUAUUGGCUGUAGUUAUUUGUAUGAGCCCCCAGCGCACUAUGCACCGACUGCUUACUACGUGGCAGGUUACCCCUGUCCAGACAUGGAGCCCUACUCCAACGGUGCUUAUGUGUAUGAGAACGAGAUGGAGGGCCACUACAAUGUCAACCCUUCCUACCAAGUCCACAAUUAUCACAGACACGAGCGCUACAGGACCUAUAGUAGUGAUCGAGCGGACAGCCUUGCUCAGAACCCAUACGCCACCAUGAGAUUGCCCCGGACCAGACAGGGGCCCCGCAAUGAGCCCUUGCAGAAGAACAUGCAGAAGGCUCUGGUGGCUGAGCACCUGAGAGGCUGGUACCACCGCAGCGGUGGCCACAGAGAGGCAGGCAGGGGUCUGGCUGGGUAUGACUAUGACAACGGCUCUCAGCUCAGCCUGGGAUACCAGACCAUGCCAGCCCCCUUCAGCCACUCUAGCCGAACCACCUCCUACUCCUCAGUUUCCUCAUCAACCAGCACAGGAAACUGGCGCAGCCAGUUGGCUGUGGGUGUAACAGACUAUGAGAACAUGACAGAGUCACCACAGCACCCUCACCCAGGAGCCCAUGGCAAUUACAACCGCAGUCCCACCCAUACCAGAUUUCCCCCAGAAUGCAAUGUGUUGAAGAGGUCUGAUACAAUGCCAGUGGAGUCAGUAGAGGUGUUUGGUGCUGUGGCCAAUAGCACUGAGGAAGACCAUUAGGCAACUAUUCAAACACAGAAGGAAGAGUAUACAUGGAUGGAAAUUAUAUGGGCAUGCACUGAAGAUAAGAGGACCAAAAGAAUCACUGGCACAAUGACCCCAACAUUGGAAGCACGGUUCUCUGGAAGGAUACCAACUAACCUCUGGACAUGCUGCAUUAUGACACUCUUGAAUGACUCUCCCAUGUGCCUUGGAUUAGAUGGAGAUGGAUAUUAUUCAGGAAGACAUGGGAUGUGGUGAUGGCACAAAUGCAAGGUUUUGGUGAUCUGGGAAACCAGCUUCAUCAUUGUGAAUAUUGUGAAGGAUCUACAAACAGCAUUUCAAACCCCGGGAUACCUUUGACCCAAAUAUAUUACCCUCUUGUAUUAUGACAAAAAUAAGUCUUUAAAAAAAAAAUCAAUUGUCAAAAUCAUUGUCUUUAUGAUAAUCAGUCAACUGUGUGUUGGGAGUGUAUGGAUAAGGAGUUAAAGCAGGAUACCUCCAAAGUGUUGUGCCAUACAGUACACACAGAGCACUAUUUAGUGAGCUACUCAUUAUACAUGUUGUAAAUCAACUUGAAUAUCUUUGUAAAACAUUUAGGUAUACAUUUUGGAGUUACUAUUCACAAAGUGUGAUAACAAAAUAAUAAACCAACCCUUCCUGACUGCGGUUUGUCAGUCAAUGGACUGAUGCGCUCUCUCCUCUCCCAAGUAUGAAUCUGAAUGUACAUGUUGAUAUUGUUUAAGAUGAUUCAUAUUUUCCUUUUUGUGAUCGUGUUAAUGUGGUGUAUAUUGCUUGCAUGUGAACAUAAACUUUUGAUAAGCAGCUUUUUUGUAUAUUGUAAAAAGAUAUGCCUUAAAAUAAUGUUUCUUUAUUGUUUCUCUUUAUUGUCUUUCUCUACACAUUUGUACAUUGUCCACAUAUUGUUAGGCUUUGUCAUCUCCUACUCUAAGUGAAAUAUUUCCCAUUCGGAUUUGGGACAUCAAUAAAAAAAAAACGUGUGAGACA